AUGGGAGGAGCUAAUCUCAUUCCGAUUUACUACCUCAGCAAGACACUGAAAGAUGCAAAACUGCGAUACAUUCCCGCCGAGAAAGCAUGCUUGCCAUUAAUUCUAGCGGCGCAGAAAAUACGCCACUAUCUCCUGAAACAUAAAUGUUAUGUAGUAGCAGCGGCUAACCCAAUUGUCUACUUGACAACCAAGCCAAUCCAAUCAGGCAAACUUGCAUGUUGGUCGAUGCAGCUGUUGGAAUUCGAUUUCACACCAAUACGACCUCAAGGGGUUUGGGGUCAAGCGAUCGCAGACUUACUUGCGGAACUUCCAGGAUCAGAUACUUCUGAAAUACACACUGACCUGCCAGGCGAAAUCGCUUCGGCGGAAGAAACACCGCCCCAGAAAUGGAAGAUAUCUUUUGAUGGAUCCUCUUAUGGAAGUAACGGGGGCGCUGGAAUAAUCUUUGAAUCCCUUGAAGGCAACAUCAAACCGUACGCUUACAAGCUCGACUACCCAUGCACCAAUAACGCUGCUGAAUACGAGAGUUUCCUCAUUAGGAUGCAGAUGGCGCUGGAAAUGGGAAUUAAGGACUUGGAGGUUACGGGCGAUUCAAGACUCCUUGUAAAUAAAAUGGAAGGCGACUUUCGCAUGAAAGAACCAACACUAGCAGUUUAUCGAGAUAAAGCUCAAAGGCUAAUGCGACGUUUCGACCGCAUUGCCAUAGAACACAUGGGACGCCUGGUAAACAAGCAUGCAGAAGCAUUAGCAACAAUGGCAUCAAAGCUGCAAAUGUCGCAAGGGGAUAGAGAGGUCAUCACCAUCAUCAAGAAAACUUCACCCAUGGCCCUGAAAGAAAGAGAUGCUAUGGAAGAACUGGACUGGCGCCGUGUGAUAAUAGCAGAUCUAAAACGCCCGCCGGAAGAAAGACAAUUAUCGUGGAAAACGCUAAAGGCUUAUACGCUUCUAGAAAGAGAUUUGUACUUCAUCACAACGGGGGACGGAUUGUGCCGUUUCCUUGGACCAAAUGAAAUUAAAGAGAAGCUGGAGGAAAUACACGCUUAA